AUGACGUCCAGAGUGUCGAAGCGUGAAAUGGGAUCAGUUUCGUCUUGCAGCGAAGGAGGAUUGGUUACGAGGCUGGACAACUCAGCCGCGCUCAGCGAACAAGUAGAGCAGCUUUGGAGCGAGCUGCAAGGCGAUCAGCAGGAGCAGAACGCGCUAGAAACCAUCACUGCGCUGGAUACUCAGCUCAUGAUGGAUGAAGCGAUAGAAACAGCGCUCCGCUCGCAGCUUAACAACAACAUAGCAACCGCUACCGCCGCUCUUACGCUCGCAAGUUCGCCGCCGCGUAACGCUUCUUCCGGUAAUCAGUCAUUGGACGCUUGCGGUAUGCAACCAAUUCAGCUUCGCAAGUUGGAGCUACCCGUCUUCGAUGGCGAUCUUACGCAAUUCCACGAUUUUUGGUGUCGCUUCAAAACCGCUAUUCACGACAAUGAUAGCUUCGAUCCAUCUAAGCCAGAAAAUUACCAUCUUGCGAUUCAAGCGCUCAAAAAACGAUACGAUCGUCCGCAAUUUACGCAUAACCUCUUCCAUCAUAGGUUCGAGGAUACUACCACUUCGCUAUCUCUCAUGAAACUCAUCAAGAGCAAGUUCCCUAGAGAUACGCAGUUAGAAGUCAACAGGCUCGAACACCGUUCUGGUAAGAAGUGGACGCUUCCCGAUCUCUUGGACGGCCUCAACGAGGUCAUCGAAGAGUUCGAGAAACUCGACGAUUACUCUAUCGGUAAAUCUCUACAACAUCAGAUUUCCAUGUAA